GCCGACAGUUUAGUUGGACAGUAAACUGAGUUUUUUAUUCCGUUUGUACCAAUUAAUAGGAAUUUCGAUGAUGCUAAAACCGAAAGCUCUUACUCAAGUAUUAAGCCAAGCUAAUACUGGAGGCGUUAAAAGUACACUGCUACUUAAUCUUGAAGGCAACUUGUUAGCAUUUUCCGGAUAUGGAGAUAAAGAUGCCCGUGUGACAGCAGCCAUUGCCAGUAACAUCUGGUCUGCGUACGAGAAGAACGGACGGAUGGCAUUCAAUGAGGAUAAUCUGGAGCUAGUGCUGAUGGAUUGUGAGGAAGGUAGAGUGGCAAUCAGUAAAGUUGCAAAUCUGCUUCUUUGCAUGUAUUCUGGUCCAGAUGUUGGUUUUGGCAUGUUAAAAGCAAAGAUCAAAGCCCUAGUAGAAUAUCUUGAGGAGCCUUUAACACAAGUGGCUGCAACGUCAUAGUGGUCACAUUUGCCAUCAGCCACCCCAUAAACUGUUUAUUCAUCUCAAGUGAAAUGGUGUGUUCUGGAAAGUAUUGGUCGGAACCGUAAAGUUGUUGUGCUCUUGUACAUACUACUAUAUUACGUUUUAUGCGAUAAUAUGUGAUUUUCCCAUAUAGCUGUGAUGUGACAUCAUCAUUCCCAUAUAUGGGCAUAUCAUAUAUUUAUUACAUAUAAUAAUUGAAAGAGCAUUAGAAGUUUACUAUUGUGCUAACAAGCAGAAUGUAGAUACACAGUAUAAGAUGUGGAUGCCAAGUAUACAAUCAAAUAGCUCCAAAGUCGUGCAACAGUAGGCAGAAUAAAAAUAUUGACUGCGUCAGUAUUAUUGUGCACAUACAGUUCGCCCUCUAAUUUGAGACAAACUUUGGGACCUGAAAAUUUGGUUGGUCUCCGAUUAGAGGGUUAGUUUUGUGUUACAGUAAAAGGUUGAAGAUUGUUAUUUGGGUUUUUUGGAUAAGUGGUCUCAAAUUAGAGGGGUCUCGGAUUUAGAGGGGUCUCAAAUUUGAGGGUGCAGUGCAAUUAAACCUUCCCCUGUCCUGAUAAUCUUAGCAAUCUAGUAGAUAUUUGACUGCCAUUGCAUUAAAAGAUUCCACAUCACAUCUCUUGUUUGUUCCUAAUGACUAUACAUUGGAGUACAGAAAAGACUAAUAUCAUAUUAUGUGUCUUGUUUCAUCAAAGCAAAGAUAAAAUCUGGUGUACCAAAAGACUUCAUGUUUGGAAAUUUAACAUUUAAAUGCACAUUUUUAUAUAUUUUGUUUGUGCAUAAAUGAAGUUAUUAAAGAGUAUUGUUGUUUCUAUUUUUAAGACAGAAUAUAUUAGGUUUGCAAUGCAGUAUUUUUUUUUUAUAAACCUGUAGUCUGCUAUGAAUUAAAUAUUGAAAAUAAUUUGAAAAAAAAUAAUAACUGUACUGAUGACAAUAAAACAAAAAUGACUAGUGUCCACUGACACAGAUGCAGAGUGACUCAAUGAUGCACUGAUGGGUUAACAGUUGAAUAAUUGAUGUUUUCACAGAAGCCUCUUGGAUGCAAGGUAAUGAAUUCUUAGCUCUGAAUUAGGAAACUCUACUCACAACUAAGAGUUGAGAUGAUGGCAUAUUAGUGUAGUAUGCCUGUAGACAGUAUCACAGUAAUGCACAAUACAAUAAUUAAUGUGUAAAAUUGAACAGACUGUAUUUUCUUAUGAUUUUUUUUCUAAACUUUAAUAUUAAUUUUUUAAGUUCUAUAUAGCAAUUGUAUUGCUUUUUUAAUAUCUUUGAAUUAGUUUUUGCAAGUCUUAUUUGUCCAAUGGCAAUUAAUGUACAGUAUAUCAAAAGCUGUUUUUUGUGUUUUAACAGCAUACCUAAAUGCUUAAGUAAGCGCAGAGGUGCUUAUAACAUUUUUGGAGGCUUCAGCGCGGCACUUACUCGAGAGCAGCGCUUGUAAUAAAAAUUAUGUAUUAUGUACACAUUGGAUUUAAAACAGUUUCUCAAUGUGCUUCAUUACGCAUGGUAACACAAUCUCUCGAUUAAGCGCCGGGACACUUAUUCAAGCAUUUACAAGUGGAAUACAGACUAGCUGUAAGCAUACAUUUGUAUUAAAGUUAUAUAGACAAGUAAUUUGGUGUAUUAAUUAUGUGAAAUAAAAUUUUGUCGAAAAGUCAA